CAAAAACUCACAGAAGAAAUUUCCACCAUAAAAUACAUUUCUUUAUAAACAGUGUCAUUUUUUUCUACAAAUUUUGGUCUCUACGCUCUUCUCGGAACAUUAUCAUAUGAGUUUUGCUAUAAGAAAAAAAUUCUCGAACAAAUUCCUGAAAAAUAUAGAAAAAACCUAUCGUCCUGUUUCCAACGACGAAGAUAUAUAUCGUACAUACUCGUCACCCAACAAAAAAUCCAACAUGACUUCCAGUCAACCUAUAGGUCCUACUCAGACUGCUAACAACGCUACAACGGACACAACUAUGGAAGAAGCAUCAUCUUCCUCUCCCGCUCAUGCUCUUUCGCACAGCGAAAUUGAACUUACAUCACGUGACUUACAUGAAAAAGAUAUUCACACGCAAACACCAAUCACUGAAAUAUUGACUAAUAUGGAUGUAGAUCCUAUUAUUACUAACACAGAUAAAGGAAAAUCGCUGGAAACACAGUCAGCCACACAAACAAAUACCCCUAAUCCGUUACAAAUUACGGUGCUAACAGAUAUAUUUGAACAAACACCACAAGUUUCAAACAAAGCACACAAAGGAUUUAUUCCUAGAGAUAGUUUCCCACCGAAACUCUCUAACAACGAAAUUAUCAAUCUAAUAAAAACGUCAUUCAUCAAGGAUAGCAAUGCUUUUAGAUUUGACGUCAAUACAACAUCCACCUACAGAUAUUUUACUAUCUAUUUCAGAACACGUGACUCGCUUGACUAA